UUUAUUUUAUUUUCUUUCUCGUCUCGAUCGCCAACACUAUAUAGAUGUCAACUCAGCGAGUUUCUCCUUUUGUCUCAACCGAGUCUCCAGUGUUGUUGACUCGUUGAUCUCUCUCGGCGAUGAAGAACGGACUCGAAGUCUUCGAUUUCAAGGAAGAAGACGAGCUUGCUGAAUAUACAGCUGGCAAAAUUCUCGGCAAGUUCAAAAACCCUAAUCUUGAAAAUCCCGCCUUUUUGGAGUGCGACUUUAAUGAAUGCGUUUCCCAGGGAUCUGAAGUUGCAAAAAGGGACAUUGGCACUAUAACUUGUGUAGAUGUUGAUGCAAUGGAAUGUGAAAAUAGUUCUAAAGAUGCUAGUACACACGCCCCUCCAGGAAUUGUUAGAGCAGACUCAGCCACUGUUGAUGAGAAUUCUGACACAGAUACUGCUUUUCGAUCAGAACCUAUGAGUCAUGAAAAAGAUCCUUCUUCUAUUACGGAUUACCAUGAAUUCAAAAGUUCUUUUACUGAACAGGAGGCUGUGGUGUCAUGUCAUGCAUCACUUUCACCUGGGAGAAUUCAAUCAAAUUGUGGCAUUGCAGACUCUCCUCCAUCCAAUAGUGGACGGGUCAAUGAGAAAUCAGACGCUGAUAAAAGCAUGAGUGAGAGUUCCCCAUCAAGUCCUGCUUCUGAUAUUGCUGAUGAUGGUGCUACUGAAAAUGAUCACUCAUCAGAUAAAUAUUUCAGUGCAUCAGAAAUGGAUAUAAUUGAUAUGGAAGUUGAUUAUGUUGUCUAUCGGGGUAAUCACUGUACCGGGUGCCUGAUAACUUUUUCUUGUGGCGGCAUUAAAGUCAGUGGUAUGUCUUCACAUGGAGAUGAAGGAACUUUCAGCUUUGAAAGGGCUAUUGAUGAUAUUAUUCGUAUUGAGUCUCAGCAACUUCAAAGGUUUGGAACUGUCACUGUUAAGCUCCAUGUACUAUCGAAGGAUGCUGCGCAAGCUGCUAAUGCUUAUGGGGUUGAGCAGCUGGAGUUUGUUGUUCUUGAGCCCAACUGGUCUGGGAAAUUGGAAGAGAUCGGAUCUCUGAAUGUCAAGUAUUUAGCUUUAUCUGAUACUGUACGCGAUUCGGAUGCCACAAUGGUUGCAGGAGCGCACUUACAUCGGAAAAGGCCGUAUUUUCCAGUUUUUGAAGCUGUUGAAGAUGUUGUCUAUCCAAAAGGGGAUUCAGAUGCUGUUUCUAUUAGUAAGAGAGAUUUUGACCUACUACAGCCCGAGACAUUUAUCAAUGACACUAUUAUUGACUUCUAUAUCAAGUAUUUGAAGAACCAGAUUCCACCUGAGGAAAAGCAUAGGUUCCAUUUUUUUAAUAGCUUUUUCUUUCGGAAGCUUGCAGAUCUAGACAAAGAUCCAUCCAGUGCUUCAGAUGGCAGGGCUGCUUUUUUACGUGUUCAUAAAUGGACAAGGAAAGUGGAUAUAUUUGGAAAAGACUAUGUUUUUAUCCCUGUAAAUUUCAGCCUUCACUGGAGUUUAUUAAUAAUAUGUCAUCCUGGUGAAUUGGCUGGCUUCGGAGAUGAAGACUUGCGAAAGUCUCCUAGAACACCAUGCAUAUUACAUAUGGACUCUAUCAAAGGAACUCAUGCGGGUCUAAAAAACCUUGUUCAGAGUUAUCUAUGGGAAGAAUGGAAGUCUAGGCAUAAGGAGACAUCAGAAGAUUUGUCUUCAAAAUUUUUGAAUUUGUGGUUUGUCCCGCUUGAGUUGCCACAGCAGGAAAAUUCAUUUGAUUGUGGCCUGUUCCUGCUCCACUACCUGGAGCUUUUUUUGGCAGACGCCCCUGUGAAUUUCAGUCCAUUCAAAAUAAACAGAUUCUCAAAGUUUCUCAAUGUGGACUGGUUUCCUCCUGCUGAGGCUUCUCUGAAGCGUACUCUUAUACAAAGGCUUAUUUCUGGGCUCCUUGAACAUUAUUCUCACGAAGUUUCCUCUGGUGAUUGCAGUGACAAACCGGAGUCUAAUUUUCUAGAAAAUAAUGGGAAAGAAAUUAGAGUCCAAUUUGUUUCAGAGAGAUGCACCCAAGCUGUAGCUUGUCACGGCAAUUUAUCAAGUUGUAAUGCCAAUCAAGGGAUUGAAAUCACUCUGUUGGAAGCAUCUUCUAUGAGGAAUUCUGAUUCUGUUAAUGACCCUGGUUUGGUUCUCAGGGAAUUCUUUGAGCCAGGAGUUCCUGCAGGAUCAUUACUUGCACAAUGUUCAUCCUUUGACCAGCCAUCUUAUUACCGUCUUAAUGGUGCUAUAUCACACCAGAUAGAGCAGGAUGAUGCAGAGGCCAGGGAGCAGUUUGUAUAUUUCCCUUCUGGUGAUUCUAUUUUCCAACAAGAUGCUGGUUCGAUUCCAUAUCCUUUAAGAGGUUUUGGGGCUGAUUCUUCAUGGAAUCCUGGAGUUUCUAUGCAAGGAGAGCAUGAUGGCUCAUCCUCAGAAACAUCGGAAUGUGCCUCUGAUGAUUCUGACGUAGGGAUUAUUGAGAAUUGCUCCAUUGUGAAAGAUAUGGAUCAAAGUCGAGAAGAGAUUGGUCAACAAAGAUCUCAAUCAAUUGAAAACAUGGAAUGCCUUACAGAGAGACUUGCGUCUGGCUCCAGUGAGAUGCUGGAAACCUCUGCCAUUAAUGGUACUGAAGAUCCUGAUAAGAUCCAUGAUACCACAGAGAAUGGAGACCUUGCCUAUUGUCAAGAAAUUCCAUCUACCUUACAAAUUGAUUAUAACAUGGUAGAAAAUGGAUCACAUCAACACUAUAUAAAGGCAGCGAUCUCAGGUGAAAGUGAUGAUGUGACCGCAGAAUCAGAUAAGAAUAAAAGAAUCGAUGAUAAUGCAAUGGCAGAAUCAGAUGAGAAGCAAAGAGUCGGUGAAAAUGUGAUGGCAGAAUCAGAUGAGAAGCAAACAGUAGGUGAUGACGCAAUGGCAGAAUCAGACGAGGAGCAAACAGUGGGGAUGGCAGAAUCAGAUGAGAAGCAAACAGUCAGUUAUAACCUGAUGUCAGAGUCGGAUGAGAAGCAAAGAACCGAUGAUAACGGGAUGACAGAAUCAUAUGAAAAGCAAACAGCAGGUGGUAAUGUGAUGGCAGAAUCAGAUGAGAAGCAAAUAAUUGAUGAUAGUGCAAUGGCAGAAUCAGAUGAAGAGCAAGCUCCAAAAAGGCGCCGGGUUACACCUCUCCACGAAGGGGAUGGAGAUAUAAACGGAAACCUGUCGGAGGAUAUCCAUUUGUAAUUUAGGCUGUAGAAGGGGUUUUCCACUUGUAGAUUUUUAUUGCUAGAAUAAUGAACUUGGAUUUCACUGGAUUUUGAAAUGCCAUUCUGUGAAUAGUACCAAUUGUCGUAAGUCACCAUGGGAAAAAGAAAAUAUAUGCAGCUUCUGUGUUAAUAAUUUAAGUAAUCAAAAGAAUGGAAUUGUCUAGGAAA